AAUACCAUUGAGGUACAAGCGGACUACUUCCUGAGACUCCAACUCCUCCCCUCUCGGUUUCUCCGCCGUCGUUUCGUUUCGAUCCUACUGUCUCUCUGUAUCUAAUCCAUUUCUUGGUAAUUCUGACCAUCUGAAAUUGUUUCUGUUCUCAGAUUACUCUUUUCAUACAGGAAAGAAAGAAAAGUACUAAUUUACAGCUGGGCUUCCUGUAGAUUGUUGUAAAAGGCUUGACUCUCUUUUGUUUUCAGGAUUGUAUUUGUGGUUUUAUUUUGUCUGGAGAUGAGUGCCUACAUUGUGGGUGUUCUUGUACCUCUUGUAAUUACUCUUCUUUUUCGGAAUUCUAAGAAUGAAAAGAAACGGGGAGUACCGGCUGAUGUAGCUGAUGUUGGUGGGGAACCUGGGUAUGCAAUUCGAAACUCUCGAUUCACGUCCCCUGUGGCAACAGCAUGGGAAGGUAUCUCUACUCUUGCUGAACUGUUUGAGCAGUCAUGCAAGCAGCAUGGAAAUAAAUACUUGCUUGGAACUCGGAAGUUGAUUACAAGGGAGCUUGAAGUGAGUGCGGAUGGAAGGUCCUUCGAGAAGCUUCAUUUGGGAGACUAUGAGUGGCUAACCUAUGGGGAAGCGUUUGUAUCAGUGUGCAAUUUUUCUUCUGGAUUAGCUCAACUUGGUCAUAAAAGGGAAGAACGGGCAGCAAUUUUUGCUGAUACAAGAGAAGAAUGGUUCAUUGCAUUGCAGGGUUGCUUUAGGCGCAAUAUCACCGUGGUUACCAUAUAUGCAUCUUUGGGAGAGGAGGCUUUAUGUCAUUCACUGAAUGAGACGGAGGUUACUACUGUGAUAUGUGGGAACAGUGAACUUAAAAAACUUGAGGGCAUAAGGGGGCAGCUUGACACAGUGAAACGUGUGAUAUGCAUGGAUGAUGAUGUCACAUCCAAUACAUCAUCGGUAGGAGGAGCUGGAAACUGGAUAAUCACUUCAUUUGCUGACGUAGAGACACUUGGCAGAGAAAGCCCCGUUGAUGCUGAUUUACCCCUCUCUGCUGAUAUUGCAGUUAUAAUGUACACUAGUGGAAGUACCGGUUUGCCGAAGGGGGUGAUGAUGACACAUGCCAAUGUCCUAGCUACAGUUUCUGCUGUCAUGACAAUUGUUCCUGGCCUUGGAAGCAAGGACAUUUACAUGGCGUAUCUUCCAUUGGCUCAUAUCCUUGAAUUAGCUGCAGAGAGUGUAAUGGCAGCAGUUGGAUGUGCCAUAGGAUAUGGAACCCCUAUGACUCUUACUGAUACAUCAAACAAGAUAAAAAAGGGAACAAAGGGGGAUGCCACCGUAUUGAGACCAACUGUUAUGACUGCAGUCCCUGCUAUUCUUGAUCGUGUUCGAGAUGGUGUCUGUAAGAAGGUAGAAGCAAAGGGUGGAUUAUCCAAAACAUUGUUCUACUUGGCCUAUGAUCGUAGAUUAUCUGCUAUGAAUGGUAGCUGGUUGGGGGCCUGGGGCUUGGAAAAAUUUCUGUGGAACUUUCUCGUGUUUAGUAAAGUUCGAGCAGUUUUGGGAGGUCAAAUUCGUUUUUUGCUUUCUGGAGGUGCUCCUCUUUCUGGUGACACUCAGAGAUUCAUCAACAUUUGUCUCGGUGCUCCAAUAGGUCAAGGGUAUGGUCUUACAGAGACGUGUGCUGGUGGGACCUUCUCUGAGUUUGACGAUUUAUCUGUGGGCCGAGUUGGUGCUCCACUUCCUUGCUCAUUUGUCAAGUUAAUUGAUUGGCCUGAAGGUGGAUAUUUGACUACUGAUAAACCCAUGCCUCGUGGAGAAAUAGUUAUUGGUGGUCCAAAUGUUACAGUUGGAUAUUACAAGAACGAAGAGAAAACAAAGGAAGUAUACAAGGUUGAUGAGAGAGGGAUGCGAUGGUUCUACACUGGCGACAUAGGUCGCUUUCAUUCUGAUGGUUGCCUUGAGGUAAUUGAUCGCAAGAAGGACAUAGUCAAACUUCAGCAUGGAGAAUAUGUAUCCCUAGGAAAGGUUGAAGCUGCUCUCAGCGGGAGUCCUUACGUCGACAAUAUCAUGUUGCAUGCUGAUCCAUAUAAUAGUUAUGCUGUCGCCCUUGUGGUGGUUGCACAGCAUGCAGUUGAAGAUUGGGCCUCAAAGCAAGGUAUCGCCUUCAAUGAUUUUGCAGACUUGUGUGAGACAGAAGAAACGGUUAAGGAGGUGCAUGCUUCACUCAUCAAGGAAGCUAAGAAGGCACGCUUGGAGAAGUUUGAGAUCCCUGCAAAGGUAAAAUUGGUUUCUACCCCGUGGACUCCCGAAUCUGGCCUAGUAACUGCGGCUCUCAAGCUUAAGAGAGAUGUCAUUAGGAAGGCAUUUUCUGAAGACCUCUCCAAGUUAUAUGCAUCAUAGGCUCAUAGCUUUUUGAUGAAAGGUUUAGCUACUUGGAGGAAUGGAAGUUUUUGUUCUUGUUCUUGUUUUUUUUUGUCUUUUCCUCUAUUACUUUUAUGUGCGUCCUUUUUUUAAGAUUUUACAUAUUUUUUGUUUAAAAUUCACAAAUGUUGUUUUUCUUCAAUAAUAUCACGUGUUA